CGACGAUCAAGUAACGCGGCUUUUGGAAAUACAUGGUCCUAUUUAGAUGAAUGUACUUCGGCGUUAUUUCAGUAUCAAUAGUAAUUAUUUGGCUAAAACUGUCGUUUGGCCGGCAAAUAAUUGUUUGAUGUCAGCUAUGAAUUCAAAAGCUCAUACAGGCGCUAAGCGAAUAGUCUGGCUGGAUAUGGAGAUGACUGGUUUGGACAUAGAUAAAGACCAUAUUCUAGAGAUAGCAUGUCUGGUGUCAGACUCACAGCUGAAUAUUGUAGCAACAGGACCGAAUUUGAUUAUUCAUCAGCCUGACGAUGUUCUUAAUAAUAUGUGUGAGUGGUGCAUCAAUCAACAUGGUGAGAGUGGGUUGACCAUGGCUAGCAGAAAUUCAAAAAUAACAGUUAAAGAUGCUGAGGAACAAAUUCUCAACUUUGUAAAAGCUCACGUGCCGGAAAAGAGGUGUCCUCUAGGAGGCAACAGUGUUUACAUGGACAGAUUAUUUAUCAUGAAAUAUAUGCCAAGACUUAAUAACUAUUUACAUUAUAGAAUUAUAGAUGUAAGUACAUUAAAGGAGUUGGCCAAAAGAUGGUACUCCAGUGAAUAUUCAAGAGUACCUCAGAAGACUUUUAAGCAUAGAGCUAUUGAUGAUAUAAAGGAGAGUAUAGAGGAACUUAAGUAUUACAGAGAAAAUAUUUUCAAAAAUAUACACACUGAAUUUGAUAAUUGACAUGCAUUUCCAUCUUUAAUUAAUUUUUGUGAUUAGAGAGUACUUUAAUUUAUGCUUAAUUAAGGCUAGUCAUUUGUAAUUACCUCACAAACUAUUAAAUCAGCAG